AUGUUAUUAGAACCACUUGUCGAAGAAGCCUUCAGUAACUAUAGAUUCAAGCACAUAAAUCACCAAAAUUUUAGCUUCUUCAGAAGUACGGAUGCGCAACGUUGGUCGUUUUAUUCUUAUUAUAUUUCUAUAAUAUACUCUAGUAAACCGCCAGUAACCUUUGGCGAGUGCAUUAGCAGGUGGACAACAAUCCUUAGGGGUAUAAAAAAACAUCGCUCUACCCCGAAAACGAUCUCCAAGGAAUUUAGCAUCCUGCGAAAAGCUUGUGAGCAACGGUUCGGAGCUCAUCUUAUGGCGUCCAUUUCGAGUGCCACAGUGGCGUUGAGUGAGUUUGUCCAAGGCAACAACAGACAGGCAGCUGAAAUAAUGGCCAGUCUAAGACAGGAGGAAAACAACGAAGAAGAAAGAAUGCCACCACUCGAAGUUGAUUAUACUAUAAGUUCAGAUCUUUCAUCCAAAGAUGAUUAUACUACGGAUUUGGAUUCUUUAUCAUCCGAAGACGAGUAUAUUACAGACUUGGAUUCUCCAUCGCCUGAAGACGAUUAUAUUACAGAGUCGGAUUCUGGAAAAUCUUCCCAGGUGUUGACGGCAAUGAAAAAAGAGAUAGAGUUCAUAUACCGAAAAAUGGAAACCCAAUCAAAAUGGCGCUUAUCUACAGGCAAAUAUGUCGAAGAUUCGUUAUUUGAUUUUGGAAUGGUCGCGAACUAUGAACAUUUUACAAGUCUCGCUCACUCGUUCAUUAUCGACCCGGACGAUGAAACGUACAAUUCAAUAUUUACCGAAAAGGAGAUGAAAUUCGGUCUUACAACAUUAAAGAAUUUCCUGAAGUACCAGAUGAUCUUAUCGAAGGAGCUGAGGGAAGUCCUAGCGGAAAAAGAAUCCUGGGAAGGAAAAUACUAUGACAAAAGCAUCCAUUUUGACUUUGAAUGGAUAAAAAGAUCAAUGCAUAAUCUAAUAAACGAAUAUGAUAACGACAAUUUAAAAUCUGGUCGACACGAGAAUUGGUAUCUCGUUCAUUUCUGGAGUUUAAUUGACAAUUCACUGUCGGAUUUGAAUAAUGUUUAUAUUGCUCGUGGUGAAGUAUGUAGUAACGCAAGCGCUAAUAGAACGAACCGUCAUCGAAUGUCACAAGGAAUCACUCGCUUGAAAAGAAAAGAAUUUGGACGCAGAAGUGACCUAAUUAUUAGGAAAAAUAAGCGAGAAUAUGGAUGCUCAGAGGCCGGAAGAUGCUUUAAAGGAGAAAACGACACAAAAAUUUUAAAGGAAAGGGGCCUUAAGUGUCCUAAAGUUAUGAAAGACAUGUUUGUCGAUCUUGCUAAUGCAGCCGAAUGGAAUACCGAAAAUAGAAGUAGUUGGCUGGAUCCAUGCCGAACUAAUGAUGAUGCUAAUGCGACUUGA